AUGCCGGAGAAAUGUGGUCUAGACCUGACUGUACAUGCAAGAUUCUUGCGUGGUGCUUUCUUUUACACAUUGCUCCAGACAUUUAUUAUCAUGCCGAGACAGGUUAGGGCGCUAGCUCUACGUGUCACUGAAGCUAGAGAAGCCAAACGAACGGCCACACGAGGUGAAGAGGGUGAAGACCGCUGGUCAGUGGUCGACGAUUGCGAGGGAGUCAAGCGGUUCAAAACCCUUAUGGUCACCAACAUACCUCCGGACAUCUUGAAAGAUUACUUUAAGCACUACUUACAACGACAUCGAUCACGGAAACGAUCGUUCAUGCAACCCCCCCAGCACGAAAACAGACUCAAAGUCUCUGUAAACCCCCCGGAAGGCCAGGAGUAUGUACCUCAAACAGCGGAAGGGGAGGUCGACGAAGUAAUCCUGGUCAGAAGGCUAGGCACGAUUGCAAGCUUAAGACAGCGAAGACAAGACGUAUUGAGGAAGCUCGAGUUAGUGAGUGGUCUAGGCUGGGGAAGAAUGCUAAUGACAGGCUCACGUCAACCUUGCGAAGCGCGUCCUUUCGGCGGUAGCCAAACAUAA